CAGCCGGCGGCGGGCGGAGGUGGGGAGCGGCCGGCAGCCCAGAAGUCUCGGCGUUGAUGCGGAGCUGCUGGGAGUCGGGAUCCGCCCGGAGCACGAUGCCCUGCCCUGCCCCUGGCCUUGGGAAGCUGUGAGCUGCUCAUGUCCAUAAGGAGGAAGGAUGGCUCAUGGAAUUCCUUCACAAGGCAAAGUUACCAUAACGGUGGAUGAGUACAGCUCCAACCCGACGCAGGCGUUCACGCACUACAACAUCAACCAGAGCCGCUUCCAGCCUCCCCACGUGCACAUGGUGGACCCCAUCCCAUAUGACACUCCGAAGCCAGCGGGCCACACGCGCUUCGUCUGCGUCUCAGACACGCACUCCAGAACAGAUGGCAUCCAGAUGCCCUACGGGGACAUCCUGCUCCACACGGGCGACUUCACCGAGCUGGGACUGCCCUCCGAGGUUAAGAAGUUUAAUGACUGGUUAGGAAACCUACCAUAUGAAUAUAAAAUAGUGAUUGCUGGGAAUCAUGAACUGACAUUUGAUAAGGAAUUCAUGGCAGACCUUGUUAAACAAGAUUACUACCGCUUUCCCUCUGUGUCCAAAUUGAAACCAGAGGACUUUGACAAUGUUCAGUCACUCCUGACAAAUAGUAUUUACUUACAAGAUUCAGAGGUAACAGUUAAAGGAUUCCGAAUAUAUGGUGCCCCGUGGACACCAUGGUUUAAUGGAUGGGGCUUUAAUCUACCCAGAGGUCAGUCUUUGCUAGACAAGUGGAACCUUAUUCCUGAGGGAAUUGAUAUACUAAUGACACAUGGACCUCCCCUUGGUUUUCGAGACUGGGUUCCCAAGGAGCUGCAGAGAGUGGGCUGUGUGGAGCUGCUGAACACAGUGCAGAGGAGAGUAAGGCCCAAACUGCAUGUCUUUGGUGGGAUUCAUGAAGGUUAUGGGAUCAUGACAGAUGGCUACACCACCUACAUCAACGCCUCCACGUGCACAGUCAGCUUCCAGCCCACCAACCCUCCCAUCAUCUUCGACCUUCCCACCCCUCAAGGAUCCUGAAGCACUACUGGGGAAGGUCUAUAAACUGCCAUUUUCUAAUUAAAAACUUACCUUCAUGUUUAUUUCAAAAUAGGGGCUAGGGGGGAUUUUGGGGGAACU